ACCACUUCCUCUUCGUCUUCUUUAGCAAGCAAACGUCUUCGCAAGAACGCCAACAUGAAGGUAGCAAUCGCACUUCUCCUGACAGCUGCCUGUGUAGUCGCCAGCCCCGCCAAGCUCCCCGGCCAGGCCCAUGGUCACACACACACCCCGCAGCCCAUCAUCCCGUACAACUUCGGCUACGAGGUCGCGGACGCCGCCACCAACAACUUCCAGAACCGCGCCGAGAUCAAGACGCCCAACGGUGACGUCUUCGGCUCCUACUCGUGGCUGAUGCCCACCAACGAGAUCCUGACCCUCUCCUACAACGUCACCGGGACCGCGGGCUUCCAGUACUCCAUCAACAUCACCCCCGUCGGCGCAGCUGCCACAACGGCGUAAACUGAAUACAUUACAUGCAAUUCUGGGGUUUGGUAACAUAACCGAUGCAUGUAUUCCUCACGCCCAUUUCACUUUAUUUCUCUCUUUCACUGAAUGUUGCAUCUAACUCUCGCUUCAGUGCGAAAUCUCAGUCGAGGGAACUGUUGCAGGUCAUCUCCCUCGCGCUGUGCUUUUGUUUUUUUCUAGUCGUCAUAAUCGUGUUACUAGCUGUGUCGUUAUCUCCGAGCUCAGAUUCGUUAUGGCCAAAAAUGACAUGGUUCGCAUUUGUUGUUAUGAUUUGUUGAUUGUUGUCAACUUAAAUACUUUUUAAAAAUGCAAAAAAGUCAAUAAAAUAUUAUAUAUA